UAAAUCUAAAGUUUGAUUGGUUCGAUUCCAAGUUUGCUGACUUACGAUAGUUACGAUCUCCAUCCAAUAUGAUAUGAUAUGAUCCAACCUGAUGGAUGUGACGCAUACAAUCAAUCUCAAAUGGCGAAUGUCAAACAUACCAAGAUAGUAGAAAUGGCAACUCAUGGCGAAUGGCGAAUAACGAAUGGACACAAGUUGACUAAUAGGCCUUCUCCUAAUUCGAAUGCAUCCUGAUCUUGAUCCUGUCUUCACUUGGUCCUAUUCCAGAUUGAUUUGAAAUUUUCAUUCGAUUCGUCUUAGUCUAGUUUAUAAUUCAUUUUGCUCAUUGUUCUUAAAAUCGAUAUCCUUUGUGACCUUUCUCUUUUUAGAUUUCUUGUUUACUAAUCUUUUAAUUCCUUCGACUUUUCCAUCGAAAACCAAACUCAUUAAUUCCAAAACCUUUAAUCCUAAAGAACUUCCUUUGACAUCCGAAACCCAUUCAAAAGCCUUCAAACUUACAAGAGGAACAAAAAUGAAGUUUAUCACCUACGGAGCUUAUGUUUGGUUUCCAGUCAUGGCAAGUCUAGCUUGGCUUUCUACCCUUUUAGGUUUACUUUUACUUUGGAUCUUACGUGAUGAUCAUCGACAAUACAAAGAUAGAGAAGCAACAGUAGUCUUCAUUUCCGAUGCAGGAGCUGCUCACUUAGCUUUAUUUAUACCAGGUUGUGCCCUGGUAUUUAUAUUCUAUACUUUAAGUCUUUUAUCUGAAAGAUGGCUUAGACAUUCAAAUCGGAUACCCGGUACAAUCAGACGUAGAGAAACUUAUUGGGGUAUUGCUUCUUUAAUCACUGGUACUUUAGGUGGUUUUUGGUUAUUAAUGUUAUCCUGCUUUAAUACGUUCGCACACUCUACAUUACAUUGGUCUUUUACAAUCCUUUUCAUCCUAUGCGUUGCAUUCUCUUCUAUCUGUCAAACGAUAGAAAUCAUUUAUUUACAUCAAGAUCACCCAUCAAGAGCUCAUUUAAAAAGAAAUGCUCUUCUUAAAUUAUGUAUCGUUGGUUUAGCCAUUGGAGUUGCUGUUCUCUUUGCUAUCUUAUAUGGUAUCUGUCAUGGAAAAAAUACUUCGGAUCGUUGUAACGUUGUGAUCUCUGCUGCUGGUGCUUGUGAAUGGCUUGUUUCUUUUAUCCUUAUGUUCUACUUUAUGACUUUUAUACUUGAUCUUUGGCCAGCUGCUAAAACCUCCACUCAUUACCACGGCAAAGCUCUUCAAAAAGAAACUGGUCUAACCGAAACAGAAAACAAGAUUGAUCAAAUUCAAGAGCCACAACCUAAAGUAAAAUCUGAUCCUAUAACGGUAAUAACUGAUGAAGGAAACAUCUCGAGAGUUGUUUGAUUUCUUCAUUGUCUUUUUUUUCUUGGUUGAAUCUGUAACUUUUAUAUUCUCAUAUUGUAUCAGGGCUUUAAUUUUACUUUUUAUUCAUGGGAUUGAAUGAACAUAAAAUCUUUGGAAGAUUGGAAGAUGUUCUAGGGAAUGAAUCAUAAUGUUGUUGAUGAUCAUCUUAUUUUGUUUACAGAUCUGAAACUUGAAAUCUAACACAUUGAAUGGAAU